AUGAGCAUCAGCGCGGCAAACGGCGUUUUGGCCGUGGCCACCGAUCCUGACGGGGACCUGCCGCUGACUGCUGUGAUCCUGAUCGGCAACGGCCCCACGCAGGGCACCCUCAACCUCCAGCCAGACGGGUCCUUCACUUACCUGCCGAACCCUGGCUUCAACGGGCUUGAUGUGUUCAACUUCACGGUCAGAGACACGAGGGGCCAGUUCGUCACCCGCCAAGCUAAGCUUGUCAUUGCAGACUUCAACGGCCAGGACAGCUUCAACUUCACCGUUUCAAAUUCAGACCGCCUGUUUGUGGUGCGCCAGGCAUCCCGAACAAUCGAACCUGUGGAGGAUCCCCCCAAGGUGGUGGGCCCACCCCCUGUUUUCAACACAUCCAAGAACACGGUCCUGUUUGUACCAUUGUCUGGCUUGACAGAGCCACCAGGGGCUGUUUUUGCAAGCGCUGAAGGCGGCGGCGGCAUAUCUAGCGGGCUCACCUCGGAGAAUGUCUCAGUUGCAGUCAAUGUGCUGAACACCAAGCCCCAGUUGGCGCAGCCAUCAGUCACCGGCUUCAAAAUGCAGGUGACAGGCUGCCUGCCCGCCGACAUCCAGAUCGAUGCAGUCCGCGUCACCGCGGGCCUCGUCCGUGUUGUCGCCAACAAGAAAGGCAAGACCAUUGAUUACGGCAUCCCUGGGCGCGUCAAGAUCACCGCCCGACCUCUGAACGCCACCUUGGCCAAGGCGGUGGAGGGGAAGUGCAGCUUUUUGGUGCCUGCGCGCCUCAAGGCGGCGGAUUCAUAUGAUGUCAAGAGGAAGGGCUGCAAGGCCUGCCACCGCUGCAUGAAGGCGCUCAAAUUCAAUUGCGCAGAGACGUACCGGCUGCGCGUGCAGGCGCAGACCUGGGGCGGCUUGCGCACCAGCGCUUGGUCGGUUGACCUGCUUGUGAAGGCCGAUUGCUCACCAGCUGCGGCCGCGUGCUACGGUUGA